GAUCGAUUGAUUGAUCGAUUAAUUAUUGACCCCCGACCACCUUCAGGCUGCUGGGUUGUUUCUCUGAGACCAAGAAGGUUGGAGCCACGGGAGUGUUCCCUUCCAACGCCCAGCCCUUCCUGAGGCUGCUGGAGGACGACGGGGUUGCGGCCGGAGCAGGGGGCGGGAACGGGGACAACAUCUGCCCCACCCUCAAACACUGCAGCAAGCUCUUCAUCUACCUUCAUAAGAUGGCCACCGACUCCUUCGACAGUCGUGCGGAGCAGGUUCCCCCCUGCCUCACUCACGAGACCUCCCUGCCAUCCCCCUGGGGUACGCCAGCGCUCGCCAGGAAGAGGCACGGCUACCAGGGCACAUCAGGCCCCCCUGCAGGGGUCAGAGCCUUGACGGACCUGAACAUGAAACUACAACUGGCCACCUCUUCCUCCUCGUCGGACUCGGUGGUCAUCCACCCGGGGGCGGGGCUAGCCAUGCUGGACCUGCUGGCCUCCGUCAGCUCCGACAGCCAACCAGAGCAUGCUCUUGACCUUCAGCUAGCAGUAGCUAACAUCCUCAGCUGUGGUCCACAGUGAGGAAAAGCCAGCAGAUCCUGUGUGAAGCAGGUCUACACAGUAGACUAAACUGCAGCGCUGCAGCCUGGCCCUGGGAGACGAGGAAAUCCGCCUACACCCACCGUUGCAGAGGAUGUUUGAGAGGCUGGCCUCCAGGCCCUGCAGCCUAUGGC